UAUUUAAAGGUCUCAUACCGCCCGCCCUCCUCCUUUCUCCCACCUUCCUUACUUCUCUUCCUCAUGGAUCGCAAACAGAAACCUACCAGAACGCAGAAAAAGUUGGAGGAGUACAAUGAGGAAGAGCUCGUGGCUAGAAUUUCCUCAUUCAUAGAUGACGAGUAUUCUGCUCGCUCUUGGAAGAAGGUCCUUUCGAAACAGUUGGGCAGUGAGCUUCCCGCUGACCGUUCUGAAUUGCAAACCCAUCUCCAGAGUGCCACGAAGGAGAAGCUUAUCGAGUACACGAUAUCCCUUCAAACCAGUCUCGAGUUGAGAAUCAAACCGAAACGGAAGCGGAGGAGUCUGCGUCGCGUCCGUCACUCGGAAAUCCAGCCUAGUACACCCUCGGAGUGGUACCGAGCUAGGGAGCGAAAAUCAACAGUGCACUAUCAGAGCAUUGCGCGUCAACCAAAGGAGUACCUGCAGCAACUCCAGGUGAAUUGCCAAAAACUUGGCUCAACGGAGGAGGCGUUAAGCAGAGUCAGACGUGAACAUAGUGAGCAAGAAAGCAAGAUCACCGAGGUCAGGAGGCAUCUCAUGGAAACGGAACAAACUGUCACUAGUCUGACUAGCGAGCUUGCAACCCUGAGGCGAUGUCUCCACGAGAGAGACCAAGCAGCUGAGCAGGAACUACACAAUUACAGGCAGCAACUAUCAUCGACCAAUCAGAGUCUGGUACAGACCCAGCGUGCCGCCGAAUCAACCAUGGAAGAGCUGUUGUGUACCAAAGCCACAAAAGAACAAAUGGAGAAGGAAUGCACGGAAGUCUAUCGACAAAUAAGAGAUCAAGCCACCACUUACAGCUCAACAGAAGAAGAGCUGGCGGAGGCUCAACGGACCAUUACCGAGCAAAAAGGCGAAGUCUCAUCGUUACAGAAACAACUCAGUGAAAGCAAAGCACAUGCUAGGGAGCUCCUUUCUACAUCUAGGGCAGAGUUAAAGCAGGUGAAGUUGGCAUUGGAUACCGCCACACAGCAAUUGCAGUGCCAUAAAACAAGGCAAGCAGAUUCUGAAGUGGAACCCUCCGACAGUGGCCAGGAUAAAGAGCAGAAACGAGAAGCAGACGGUACAAAGGGUCAGAUGGCCGAAGUACCUACCGUCGCGGCGAUAGAGGUGGCUUCUACACAGCUUGGAGAGGACGGCCGCCUUAUCUGGAAUCAACUCCAGCAGCGACAACAACCUGCGAAUACGAUCAACGAUGUUCAAGCGAUAUUUGACCAGGACCCUGCUGCACCUGAGACGGGCAACGACUGUCUUUACAAUUAUCAACCAGUGGACCGGUGGAGUUUCCAAGGCCCUCCCAAUACAGCAGAUAACGCGAUACCAGUAACGGCUUGGCUUACCUACCCUCCAAGAUGCUGCCAACAGGUACCGGAAGCUACGACUAAUCAAGAGUGCAUACUGUGUGCGAAACAUGUCGAGGACUUUACGUGGAUAACCGUGUCAGAGAUGGGAACGGAUUGGUGUCCCGGUCUCACGUGCCCGGCAUGUGGUGGUCCGAACUGUGUUCGUGCACGGGCAUUGACUCAUUCUUUCGUUGAGUGCUAGGUUCACUUAUUAGAGGCUAUGCGAGAUUAAAUUUCUGAUGAAUAGAAUACCACUUAGAUAAGAACG